CCUAACAUAACGCCAUUUCAAUUAACAUAUAGAAAACUAACAGAAGCGACAUGCAAUAUACCAAAGCGCUCUGCGAAACCAUGACAUAAAAUACCAACGAGUCAGGUUUAUCUGCUCAGUUGUGAGAGCCAUGGCGCACAUAUUCCAUCCUAACGUGGCUGUGCCGAGCGUUGACAGUGAGGACCUGCGUUUCCCUAACUGGCCACCACCAAAUCCGCGAGAAAUUCUCUCGCGCCGGGAAUUCUACAGAGAUCGCAUGAAAUACCGCAAGUACCGAGCCCCCAUGCGCGUCUUUGAAGAUUCGCCAUUGUACGCCCUCUACCGUUUAUAUGAAUGGAUCAUGGUUGACCACACCGUCAACAUGCGGAACGAGCUCGAAUUAUUCUGGUGGAAUCGCUGGCCGGUCUCAAGCAUUCCAGAUCCCGGUGAGAACGGUGACGCUGAGCGCUACGCGGUCCUAGCUUGUAUUCCAGCGCUCAUUGUGACGAGCUUUAACGAGCGUAUUAAUCAAGGAUUGCGCCGCGAAGAACCACACUCGAUCCUGUCGGCUGAGGAGCAACGGUACUGGGCGGCUACACCUAAGAAUUACGAGAUGGAACCAUCGUGGACGGAAAGCGUUGCGCCGUUGGAGUCGACCUUGCAUAUACCACAUAGCCAACCAUGGUCUCCUCAGCUGACUACAUUGGACGAUCCUGAGGCUAGCCCCGAGUUUAAGAAGAAGAAUAUCCUGGCGAUCAAACCUCACAUUCAUUUCAUAUAA